CCACGGCAGCCAACCGAGAAGAGAAGCCGCCAUUGCCCCCUCCAAGCAAUCGUCUUCUUCGUUCCUCUCUUUCUCUUCUCCUCCUCUGCAGUUGGAGGGACGCCAAGUUAUAAAUAUCAACCCGCAUCGCCUGGAGCUAGGGUUUACCUACCGACCGAUUUCCCCUUCCCUCCUCGGGUGGUUUCGCGGAGCGGGCCUGGCCGGAUCGGUUCCUCCUCGGCGGGCGCGGGCGGAUCUCUCUCUCGCCGCGCUGCUUCCGCUGCGGCUGCGCUGCGUUGUGUUGGGAUAAGGAUUUGUGUGUGUGAGGGGGAGGUGAUUCGGGAGGAGGGGGGGGUGAGGGGGUGAUUCGAUUCGGCGAGGCUGGGGCGCGGGGGCGGGCGGUCGGGCCACUGGAGCUGCGCCCACUGGCUGCGGGCCAUGGCCGGGAUCGACCACGGCGACGCGCCCGCGCCGCCACGGCCGGAGGUGACGCCGCGGGAGCGCGUCGAGCAGAAGCUGAUUCUCUACGGAGUUCCAGGAGAACAGCUGCUACAGCAACAUCAACAAGGCCUACUCAUGUUCUUGGAGGAGCACAAGGAGAACAUUUCUGGAAUCGCAGAGGCCAUCUUGUCGGCAGGCACUGAUUUACUGGACGCCCGCAAGCGCUCCAAGAAGGACGGAGACACCAGCAGCAGCAGCAGCAGCAGCAACAAUGCAUACAGCGAGAGUUUGUCGUGGUUACAGUGGAUGAUGUUUGGAACUGAGCCAGAUGCGAUGCUUCAUGACAUGGAGCAUAGCUCUGCAGGGGAGCGUGCUGUCUGUGGGUCUGUCUGGGGGCAGAAAGAUCUUGCUUACCGCUGCCGGACCUGCGAGAAUGACUCCACGUGCGCGAUUUGUGUUCCGUGCUUCCAGAAUGGUGAUCACACAGAUCAUGACUACUCCAUCAUGUAUACAGGCGGUGGAUGUUGUGACUGUGGGGAUGCCACUGCUUGGAAGCGCGAGGGGUUCUGCUCGAGGCAUAAGGGGGCCGAACAGAUUAAGCCUCUUCCCGAGGAGCUUGCGAGUUCUGUAGGACCUGUGUUGGACGCGCUCUUGCUGUUUUGGAAGGAGAAGAUAUGCCUGGUGGAAGGUCCGCCUCGUGCAAAGGCUGAUGGUGGUACCUCCUACAAGAAGGUUGCGGAAGAAUUGACGACUUCCGUUGCUGACAUGCUGCAUGGUUUCUGCUCAUGUAGUGAAAGCCUUCUUAGUUUUGUGUCCCAAAGGAUCCGCGAGUGCCCAGAUCUCUUAGAUGCAUUGAUGAGGGCAGAAAGGUUGCUGGACAAGAAAGUUGUGAAGAAGUUGCAUGAGUUGCUAUUGAAGCUUAUCAGUGAACCAGCCUUUAAGUAUGACUUUGCCAAAGUUUUUAUACACUACUACCCUGUUACGUUUGGUGAAGUUAUUAAAGGGUGCAAUGACUCUCUUCUGGAGGAGUAUCCACUGAUGCCAACUUUUUCUGUGCAAUUAUUCACUGUGCCUACAAUGACUACAAGGCUUGUGAGGGAGGUGAAUUUGUUGGGUGUUCUCCUUGGAUGUUUGACAGAUCUAUUUCUUUCUUGUAUUGGUGAGGAUGGUCGUUUACAGACAAACAAAUGGGCAAAUUUGUAUGAUGCUACUAUUAGAUUACUGGAAGACACACGCUAUGUUCUGAGUCAUGAGGAGGUUUCUAAGUAUGUUGCUUAUGAGAGGCCUGAUCUAACAAGGUCAUGGAUUAAGCUAGUGUCACUUGUGCAAGGAAUGGAUCCUCAGAAGAGAGUGACGAGUAUUCAUGCUGAAGAUGAGAAUGAGAAUCUAUCCGCACCUUUCGUGCUAGGACAUUAUCUUGGGAUCGUUCAGAACCUUUUGAUGAAGGGAGCAUUUUCUUCUCCUGGGCAAAAUGAGUCAACUGAUGUGACUGUGUGCUCCACUGCAAUAAAAGGCAUGGAAAGUGCUGAGAAUCAGAGGCACGCAAAAGUGGGAAGGGUCUCUCAGGAGAAUUCAGUGUGCAAUUUAAGUAGCAGAGAGAGUUCUUCAAGCAGUGAAUUACCGUCACCCGCCGGCUGGUUAAUUCUUCAGUGCUUGAAAGCUAUUGAAAGCUGGCUGGAACCUGGUGCAGCUCUGAGGAGCAAGUUGUCCCCCCUCAAUGCUAGCAGCAGUGAUGCUCACGAUUUUCUGGCUUUGCUUGAGGAUAGUUUGACUUUUAACAAGGGUGGAUCCAAUACAUGGAUUGGUCAGGUGGGUGUAAAGAUAAAUGAAGGAUCCCAAUCAGAUGCCAUUGCAGAUUGUCGUGAGCCAUUUGGUUCUCCUAUGCAAGAGUCUGACAACAGGAUGCUGAUUGAUCAAGUUGGGAUGCCUCAGGCUGGUAACAUCACAGGCAAGGGAAAGAUACAAGACAGCAGCAAUGCACCAGAUAUACAAUUGCACUCUGAAAAUGCCAUUUCUUAUACUCUAACUGAUGGCAGCCUGUUAUAUGCUCCCUUAGGUUCAAGAAUCGAGGAACUAGGUAUACUCAAAACAAAAGGCUGGCCCCAUGUGGUCUUUGAUGUCAGUUCACAAGAAACAUCUUUUCACAUCCCUUUACACCGUAUGCUUUGUUUACUAUUGCGGAAGGCAAUGAAGAAAUGUUUCGGAGAGGAAGCCAAACCAGAGGACUGUUCAGUUGUGCGGCCCAAUGCGUUCUUCGCUCAGGUACUUAGAGGUUGUGAGCCUUAUGGGUUUGCUUCAAUUGUGAUGGAGCAUCCAUUAAGAGUGAGAGUAUUUUGCGCACAAGUGCGUGCUGGAAUGUGGCGCAAGAAUGGCGAUGCAGCUAUGCUGAGUGCCGAGUGGUACCGCUCUGUGCAAUGGCUUGAACAGGGCUUGGAGUCUGAUCUGUUUCUGCUUCAAUGCUGUGCUGCCUUAUCUUCUCCAGAGUUCUUUGUGAGGACCAUUCAAGAGAGAUUUGGUCUGUCAAAUUAUACAUCAUUGGAUUGUGCCGAACAAAAUGAGUAUGAGUCGGUUCUGAUGCAAGAGAUGCUAACACUUCUCAUACAAAUAGUCAAAGAACGCAGAUUUUGCGGGCGUUCCACAGCAGACAACUUGAAGAGAGAAUUGAUUUAUAAGUUGGCUGUUGGAGAUGCCACGCACAGCCAGAUUAUGAAGUCUCUUCCCCGCGACCUUUCUUCAAGCAAACAGCUUCAAAAUGUUCUAGAUUUGCUCGCAGUUUAUUCUAAUCCGUCUGGCAUGAAACAGGGUAAGUAUGUGCUUCGCAAAGCAUUCUGGAAAGAAUUGGACUUGUAUCACCCCCGCUGGAAUUCCAGGGAAUUACAGAUUGCUGAGGAGAGAUAUUACCGUUUUUGCAAGGCUUCUGCUCUCAACACUCAACUACCUCAAUGGACUCAUGUUUUUAGUCCUCUGCGCAGUAUUUCUAACAUAGCUACCUCGAAAGCUGUCCUUCAGAUUGUUCGUGCUGUUGUCUUUUAUGCUGUUUACAGCGACACAUCAUCGGUAUCACGUGCCCCCGACAAUGUCCUUGUGACGGGUUUACACCUGCUUUGGUUGGCACUUGACAUAUGUGAAUCAGAGAGUCAAAUGUAUACUGACCAACAUGGCAUGGACAUAGUGCAGCAUGAUGCUGAAUCAUGGGUUGUCUUGUCAUCAUAUGCAGAAGAGGCGUUUCCCAUAUUGACGUGCUCUACUGAACUUGUCUCUCCAGAGUCUGACAAAGCAAAGAAUGAAAGCUUGUUAACCUUGCUUGUUUCACUAAUGCGCAAAUACAAGGAAGAGAAUGACAGCGCCUUUUCUGGAUCCAAGUACUGCAAUAUCCAAUCUCUAGUUGAGAGUUUGUUAAAGAGAUUUGCCAAGUUAAGUAAGCACUGCAUGUCUGCAUUAAGACAAAUGGCACCACAAGUAGUCCCAUCUAUUCCGGACCAUACCAGGGCCAAACAAAAUUUAGGCUCUUCAGAUUUGAUGGAAAAGAAGGCAAAAGCACGCCAACGCCAAGCUGAAAUCAUGGCAAAAAUGAGAUCAGAGCAGUCAAAAUUUGCUGAAAGUAUGAAGUCAUCAGGAGAUGAAGGGCAUGAUGCUCCAACAUUUGAGCCAGACGUGUCCAGUUCAAAUGGCGUUGUCUCUGAGGAGUCACGACCAGUAUGCUCUUUGUGUCGGGAAUCCGAUUCCAAAAGUCCACUAUGCUAUCUGAUUCUUCUCCAGAAAUCUCGGCUUGCAACUUUUGUGGAGAUGGGCAAUCCAUCCUGGGAAAAUCCAUCCCAAUCAAACAAGACAUCUGGGUCCAUCAGGCGGGAACAAUCAACUGAUUCCUCGGAUACUGGGCCUUUUGGUUCAGAGGAACUUGUCAGGAAUACAGCAUUAGAAAUAGAUCCUAGUGAUGAUUUAGACAGCAUGGAUAUCGAUGCAUAUAUUGAUUUCUCAAAUGAGCAGCAUCCACUGAUUAGAUAUAUAUCAUGUUUCCCCAGUGGACACUGUAUCGGCAAUGCAGAUGACAAUGUCUCCCUUGAGACAAUUGAGGCAGAUGUCUACAAGUCUAUUGUAAAUGAUCUGGCUGGAUCCAACAGUAUACGCAUUCAAGAUGGUGAGCAGACUUUGUCUACUCCAAAUCUCAUAGCUGGCUCCAAGAAAAGCGCAGGCCCCAAAAGUUCUGUGCUAGGAACAUAUGUUACUUGUCUUUCAGCAAAAGAUCGUCAUUCUUCUCUCUAUGAUGUAGCCUCCAAAUCUUGUACUUCAGUAAGAACACGGAACAGAUUUGGUCCUGUUGAUUGCGAUGGCAUAUAUGUCUCUUCUUGUGGACAUGCUGUACAUCAAGAUUGUCAUGAUCGAUAUUUGUUCUCCUUGAAACAAAGAUAUGUCAGGAGACUUGGUUUUGAAGGAGGUCAUAUUGUGGAUCCUGAUCAGGGAGAAUUGCUGUGUCCAGUGUGUCGGAGAUUUGCAAACUCUAUUCUUCCAGCAUCACCUGAUUCCUCUAAUAUAACAAGGAAAUUGAUGCCAUCUGUUGUAACCAUGCCACCUGAAGCUGCUGCAACUAAAUCAAAUGUGACUAUAAACAACUUACAGUUUCCUCGCGCACUGGCCCUCCUUGAAAGUGCGAGAAAAAUUGUUGGACAAAGCAGAUUUUUAAAACCUUUAUCUGGGAAUGUUCAUGACACUACAGAGCCAGCUUUAGAUCCUUCCCUUCGAAGACUGGCUAUGCUUUACUAUCCUGGCAGCUACAGCAGCGUUUCAUCUUCUGAAAGGCUAAACCCGGCCCUCUUUCUCUGGGAUUCACUUCGGUACUCUGUCAUUUCUACAGAAAUCGCCUCUCGUGGUAGAAUGUCAAGCUAUUAUGCUGAAUCGAAGUCUUGUUUAGAAUCUUUGCGCAGUGAAUUGAAUUCAUCAAGUGGAUUCAUUUUGUCUCUGUUGUUCCGUGUUUCUCACUCUGCACGUAUUCUGAACCGCCUUGAGGUUCUUCUGAGAUAUGAAGGUAUCCAACUGUUAGCAGGGUCUAUUUGCUCUGGCAUUUCUGGUGACAAAGAUCUUCUGAAUGCUACUAAGGGAAAAGGCACUUUGCCACCUAUGUCUGAACUGGGAAGUGAGGGUGAAAUAUUUCCCGAUAUCCAAUUUUGGAAACAAUGUGCUGACCCAGUCCUUGCUCAAGAUCCAUUUUCUUUAUUGAUGUCAACACUUUUCUGCUUACCAGUUCAAGUUGUAACAUCCACAGAAUUCUUCGUCCCAGUUGUUCAUCUAUUCUAUAUUGUUUGCGUUAUUCAGGCACUGAUAACGUGCUAUGGAGAAGAAAGUUUUGACAGGUCGAGCUUCCGUGACUGCCUUCUUAAUGAUGUUUGCCAGGAGAUGUCAGGAUAUGAUAUUGCUAGAGAAUAUUUUGUGUCCAAGUACAUCGACCCCUCCUGUGAUCCAAGAGAUGUGGUACGGAGAUUAACACAUCCUUAUCUUCGGAGGUGUGCAUUGCUUUGGGAGCUGCUAAAAUCGUCUUCCUCAGCACCCUUAUAUGACAAUUCCAAUAUUUGGGAAGGAUCACAUCUUUACUUGAAUAGUAGCACAACAGAAGGCAGUUUGUCACUGGCAAUGGAGCUGGAUGGAGUAAGAGAAUUGGAACACCUGUUUCAGAUUCAGUCACUGGACCUGAUUCUCAAAGAUGAUCGUGUACAUAUGCUCGCCUUGAGAUGGUCUCAACAUUUCUGUGACGACUACAGAUCCCGCAAAUAUAGAGGCGUUCUCUUUUCUACACCUGCCGUUCCAUUUAGGCUGAUGCAGUUACCACCUGUUUACCAAGUUCUCCUAGAAAGAUAUGUCAAGAUGCAAUGCCCAGAUUGUGGUUCAGUGCCUGAUGAACCGGCAUUAUGCUUGCUUUGCGGCAAACUAUGUUCGCCUAGUUGGAAACCAUGUUGCAGGACUGGUAAAUGCCUAAACCACUCGUCUCAAUGUGGUGCUGGUGUGGGCAUAUUUCUUCUGGUGAGGAAAACGACAAUUUUGUUGCAACGAUCCGCUCGUCUUGCAUUUUGGCCAUCUCUGUAUCUUGAUGCCUUCGGUGAGGAGGACCAUGACAUGCAGAGAGGAAAGCCCUUAUAUCUAAGCCAAGAGAGAUACGCAGCUCUCACAUAUCUGGUGGCAUCUCAUAGCCUUGACCGGACUUCUGAAGUUCUGCGGCAAACAACUAUCAGCUUUUAUACAUCUGAUUAAGUGCACUGUUUUGAGGAACAAUGUGCAAAAGAUAAUCACGUCCAUGACUUGAAGCAACUGUUAUUUGGACAGGAUCAUGUUGAUGUGCAUAUUUUCUGGGAACUAUCGUGCAGCUCCAGAUUCAUGCUUUCCAGCGAUGGCAAAAUGCAUCCGCUCGCAAGGCUCUCCCCUUCGGUCUCGCAGUCCUUGUUCUCGUGCACAAUGUACAGCAGUGGUGCCUUUGAUCUCUUUUUUUCUUUUUCCAUUUCUUUUCUUUUCUUGUUGGGCUAUGAAUGGAUGCAUGGUCGGUCGUACUGUUGACCUUGUACAAAUUUGUACAGUGCUUGACUACCGCAUGAAAUGCAGGCUAAACUUGCCAAAUAUCCGCAUCAUUAAUUUCUUAUGCCUUUGAA